AUGACAUUACAAAAUCAUCUGCAAUCAUUCCUGUCUGCCGCGUCCAGCUCACAGCGCACGCUUGAUGCCGAUCAGCAGCUCAUUGGAUCGCUCCAAGCCGAGCUUGACACGCUACUCCGCUCCUCGCAUCAGCAGUAUGGUUCGCACAUCUCGACCACUGAUGCCGGCGGCAUCAAAGAUAUCUGGUCUGAAUUUUACCGCUUUGCCUCUAUCAAUAGCUCCACAGAGCAAGAGGGUCAGGAUGCAAAUGACCUCCACACACACGAGAUGGAAACUUCGGCGGCAGAACAGGCGGACGGGAUCGACUACCGCACUCAUCAAAGCUCCUCUCCUGCUGUAGCCGGGCUUCAAGAUCACUUAGCUCACCUUGCGUCUAUUGAUCCGCAACUCGCGGACAGCUUGCGCCACACGGUAGUAACUGCCUUGUCCUCAUCGAGAUCUGGCGACGAGAUCUCUGCCGAGCUAGCCGAGACCAUCGGCUUCGACCAACUCGACUUGGUCGGGAGCAUCAUAAGCGACCGUCAAGCUGCACUCUCAGCUCUUCAAGCUGAUUCAUAUUCAUCUCCGCACAUGAGCGGGACAGAAGAGCUUUCGCACCAGGAGCAAGUUCAGAUUGCUCUCCCACACCGGCCGUCCCAUCAUGGUGCAACCCACGACGCUUUCCAUCGUGGCAGCAGACCCCAUAUUCCCGGCUCGCAAGUCGUCGUGCAGACGCAGCAGGAACGCCAACAAGCGCGGCGCUUCAAGAAUGAUCUCCGCAAAGCCAAUCGCCAGCGUAUCGUCGACCCAAGCGAAAGUAUUCGCACUUAUACUCCGGAGGAGCUUGAACGUAUUCGUGAAGAGAGCCUUGCCGCUGCUGCCAAUCGUCCGCUCUUCACAGGCACGGCGACAGGAGUCGAACAGGUGCGCUAUCCGCACGUGUUUUCGUCCGGAGCCCAAGGCAAUGUGCUCUCGGUGUUUGGCCAGCGGUUUGCUCUUCCUCUGGGAACCAGCCGAGAAGAGAAGCAGUUCUACGAAGAGGUCACCAUCCCCCCACCGCGUACAGUCCCCAUGCGCACGGAAGAGCGCUACAUUCCUAUCCCAGAGAUGGACCCAAUCUGCCGUGGUGCGUUUCCUGGCUACAAGAGUCUCAAUCGACUCCAGAGUGCCGUCUACCCACUUGCCUACAAGACCAAUGAGAAUCUGCUCGUCUGUGCGCCGACAGGUGCAGGAAAAACCGACGUCGCCAUGCUCACCGUCAUGCGUGCCAUCAGUCAGUAUGCUCGAAAUCUGGAGCCAACUGCGGGCAACGCUGGCCAAGGCUUCGAUAUCCGAAAGAAUGAUUUCAAGAUCAUCUACGUUGCACCUAUGAAGGCACUUGCCGCGGAAGUCGUGCGCAAAUUCAGCAAGCGCCUUCAAUACCUCGGCAUCAAGGUCCGCGAACUCACCGGCGACAUGCAGAUGACACGUCAAGAGAUCGCCGAGACACAGAUGAUCGUCACAACGCCCGAGAAGUGGGAUGUCGUGACUCGCAAACCCACCGGUGAAGGUGAGCUCGCAACCAAGGUGAGGCUGCUCAUCAUCGAUGAGGUCCAUCUCCUCCACGACGAGCGAGGUUCCGUCAUUGAAACCAUCGUCGCUCGUACCCUGCGUCUGGUCGAGUCCAGCCAAUCGCUCAUUCGUAUCGUCGGACUUUCCGCAACGCUGCCGAAUUACGUAGACGUCGCCGACUUUCUUCGCGUCAACCGCUGGCAAGGCCUUUUCUAUUUUGAUUCCUCCUUCCGUCCUGUUCCGCUCGAGCAGCAUUUCCUCGGUGUCAAGGGCAAAGCGGGCUCGCAGCAGUCUCGAGCCAACUUGGAUAAGGCCUGCUUCGAAAAGGUAUCAGAGCUCGUCCAAGCUGGCCAUCAGGUCAUGGUCUUUGUGCACGCCCGCAAAGAGACUGUUAAGACGGCACAGACGCUUCGAGAGAUGUUUCGUGAGGAGGCUAUGGGCGACAUACUGCAGGCGUCGGCGGACGAGAACCCGCGCAAGGCCUUUUUCAAAAAGGAGCUUCAGUCCAGUCGCAAUCGCGAGAUGAAGGAGCUCUUUGAUACGGGCUUCGGUAUCCAUCAUGCUGGUAUGCUGCGAACGGACCGUACCCUGAGCGAACGUAUGUUUGAAGCCGGCGUUACACGCGUGCUCUGCUGUACCGCUACGCUUGCGUGGGGUGUCAACUUGCCCGCUUACGCCGUCGUGAUCAAGGGCACAGAUGUCUACGACUCGUCUGCAGGUAAAUUUGUCGACCUUUCGAUCCUCGAUGUGUUGCAGAUUUUCGGUCGAGCCGGUCGUCCUCAGUACGAAGAUCUCGGUGUCGGCUACAUUCUGACGUCGCAGGAUCGCCUAUCGCACUACGUCGAUGCCAUCACUUCGCAGCAUCCCAUUGAGUCAAAGUUCAUCGGCGGACUCAUUGACUCGCUCAAUGCCGAGAUCUCGCUCGGCACCGUCGCCAGCGUUCGCGACGGUGUUUCUUGGUUGGGCUACACGUAUCUGUUUACCCGUAUGAAGCGCACGCCGCUCACCUACGGUAUGACGUACGACGAGGUGGCCGACGAUCCUCAUCUAGGAGCCAAACGACAGCAGCUGAUCAGCAAUGGUGUCAAGAAGCUCGUCGAAGCCAAAAUGGUCGAGCACAAUCCCGUCACAGAUCGUCUACAGGCGACCGACCUAGGUCGCAUUGCUGCCAAGUACUACAUCGGCUACCGCACCAUCGAGACCUUCAACGAGCGCAUGCGCAGCAAUAUGAGUGAGGCCGAUGUGCUCGGCCUGCUCAGCCAAGCCGCUGACUUUGAGCAGAUCGUACCACGCGACGCGGAGGAGAAGGAGUUGAAAAAGAUGCUCGAAGCAGCACCGUGCGAAGUUUCGGGAGGCAUCGAGACGUCGCCGGGCAAAGUCAACAUUUUGCUGCAGGCGUACAUCUCCAGGACGUUUAUCGAAGACUUUGCGCUCGUCUCGGACUCGGCCUAUGUUGCGCAGAAUGCUGGCCGAAUCAUUCGCUCUCUGCUCGAGAUUGCACUCAGUCGCCGGUGGGCUCGCACAGCAUCCGCUCUUAUUUCAAUGAGUAAAGCCAUUGAGAAGCGGAUGUGGCCGUUUGAUCAUCCGCUGCAGCAGUCCCAUCUGAACCCAGACACGCUAUACGCUGUCACAGAGCGUGCUGAUGACGUGGAGAUCGAAGAGCUUGCCGAGAUGUCGGCUGCAGACAUUGCCAAGCUCAUCCGCGUCAACGCGAGGAUGGGCAGCGCGGUGAAACAAGCAGCACGCAGCUUUCCCCGUCUGGCAACGUCGGCAUCGAUGCGUCCUCUUAGCCACGACCUCCUGCGCAUCGAUGUGCGGGUCGAUCGUAUUUUCGAAUGGAGCGAGCGAGAUCUUGGACGCCUGCACGGCUUCUACAUCUGGAUCGAGGAUGAAGAAGGGUCCGAGAUUCUCCAGUGGCUUACACAUCUUACCCGAGUUACCGACUCGCACCUUUCCAACGUGACUUUUACGAUCCCGCUGUCCGACACACUGCCAUCAGGCUUGAAUGUGCGAUGGAUGUCGGACUCCUGGAUUGGAAGCGAGGGGAGCGAAUGGAUUGCCUUGGACGAUCUGAUUGUUCCGGCCAAGCCGCCUUUGCACGACACUCUUCUCGAUCUACCCCUGCUGCCAGUGCGUUCUGCACUUGCCGACGAGCUGCUUUGCGAGAUGUAUGCACAAGACUUCAGCGCCUUCAAUGCGCUACAAACGCAAAGUUUCCACACGUUGAUGCAUACAUCGGCCAAUACGCUUCUGUGCGGACCUACUGCAUCGGGAAAGUCGACCGUUGCGGCGAUGGCUGUGUGGCGAGCAUUACACCAGGCCGUCCAAGGUUGCAUCAUUAUCGUUCACAGUAAACGGGAUACAUUGGCCUCUGCUACGAAGAGCACAAUGGUAGCAGCGCUCAAACAGAAGCGCAUCGAGGUGAAACGCUCCUCGCUUUCGAGAGAAGUUCUGCCAUUUGUGUGCAACGAUGGACUCGGCGCACGAGUGCUGUUCACCACCUCCAUUUCUCUCUUGCGUGCUCUCGAGGCGAGACAAGAUCUGGUGGGUCAUGUCUCGCUCCUCGUUGCUGAAGACAUGCAUCUGCUGGAUCCGGGGUACGAGAUGAUGUUGGCCCGGUUCAUGUGGUGCUGUGCACGCUCGCGUGCAGACAGCAGCCAAGGUGCAAUCUCGAUGCCACGCAUUGUGGCGACUAGCGCAAGUCUCAGCGACGCCAGCUCGCUUGCGCAGUGGAUCGGAGCAGACGAGUUAUCGACGUACAACUUCGAUCCCAAGGACCGGCCAUCCAUCCUGAACACGAGUUUUCAAGGCUUUGACCAACCGCACUCGAGCGGCCUACUUAAAACCAUGGUCAAGCCUGCAUUUGACAAGAUGAAGGAGUGCAGAGCCAAUGGACCUGCUAUCGUCGUUGUGCCCUCGAUAUGGCAGUGCUUUACGGCUGCUUCGGACUUGAUCACCAAGGCAGCUGCAGAUAUGGACAUAGAUGGCUAUCUUGGCCUACCCUCGGAGGAGAUCGAAUCAAUCUUGCCACACAUCCUCGACACGUCGCUGCACGAGGCGCUGGUGCACGGCAUCGGCAUUGUACACGAGAGGACAGUGGCGCAGGACCGAACCGUGAUUGAACACUUGUACGACCAGCAUCUGCUGAAAGUGGUCAUCAUUACCCGAGACUGCUUGUGGAAUACGACAUUGCGAGCGGCGCUUGUUGUGGUUAUGAGCACGCAAUACGUGCGCAUUAGCAAGGCACACAGUACAGGCGCAUCGGAUCGAGAGCUGGUCGACUACACACUUGCCGAACUGGGCCGAGCACAGAGUUUGGCAGUGCGACCAGGAACACUUUGUGAUCCGAACCCGCCAGGCGAAUGCCUCGUGCUCUGUCAGACGGACAAAGCCAAGAUGCUCGAAAAGAUGCUUCAGACGGGCAUGCCUCUGCACUCUUGUUUGCUGCAGGAUGAGCGUGGUGGUGCGCCUCUGCUUGCCACUGUACUCGGCGAAGUCGUGCAAGGCGCCAUUACACGCGAAGAGCAAGUUCUCGACGUACUCAGCUGGACCAUUCUGCCUGCUGAGCUGAUGCGCAAUCCGACGUACUACGACUGUGAGUGCAACGAGCGACACUCUGUCGCUGCUCGGCUGACGGCGGUGGCCAGCGAGCUCAUACAGACGCUCUGCGAGCUGAAACUCGUCGAAAAGCACUCCGAGUCCAAGGACGGUAAUUCGAGUCUCAAAUACACUGGUCUCGGCAAAGCUCUUCAUCUGCAAUCGGGGUCGACAUUGAUGCACGUGGUGCGAUGGUUCACCAAUCUUUCAAGCAAACCUGUGAGCGCAGCAAAGGAGAUGGAUACCUUCACACCCAAAGCUCGCGACCACAAGGACAUAGACAGGAUUGAAGACGCACCGGAGAAAGAGGUGAUCGAGGCGACGUUGAGUCAGGUUCCUAUUGAAUGGCGGAGUGCCUUUCGUCUUUCUGCCGACAAAGUGCAGCACGAGGAAGAAGAGUCCAAUGGAAAAGCAGACGAAGGACAGGGGGGAGAAGAGGGGAGCGAACCGGACAAGCGAAGCCGGAGCAAAAUCAUCACAUAUGGUCUUAAGCACAGGCUGUUACUGUGUCUCUACUUUGCCAAGUUGGAUCUGAUCACGCCAGCAACAGCCAAAGUGCUCGGAAUGAGCAGGAGGGCGAGAAAGCGGCUCCAGCAGGGAGAUACGGAGCAAGCCGUUGAUCCCGCUGUUGACGAGCCGUACUCUGAACGACCAACGGAUCAGAAAGCGCACGCAAAAGCGAUAGAAGUUCUGCGAAGACAACAGGCAGCCCAAGUACUCGCUUUGUUGAGCUCAACCAGCAUCAUUGGAGGUCGGAGUUGA